AUGGCAACGGCCUCUGACGAGGUCUCUGGGUUUCCAGAUUCCAAACCUGAUGUGAUCUCCCGGCUGGAACAAGGGGAAGAUCCAUGGGUCCCAGAUCUCCAGGGCUCUGAGGAAAGAGAGCUCCAGACAGGUAAUUGGAUCGUGAGUGAGAAUGAGGAGCAGAAUCCACAGCAGGUUGAUGCUGAGCAACUGGAACCACAUGGGACAUUAGCAGGAAGAUGCAAAGAGAAAGUUUCUGGGAGCUGUGGAGAGGUUAAAGCCUGUGAGAGUCAGCAUAGGCCAGAGAAAAGCUUUAGGAGCUGCUCAGACAUUAUUAGACACGAAAGAUUCAACACGGGAGAGAGACCCUACUCAUGCUGUUAUUGUGAGAAAAGCUUCAACCACAGCUCAAACCUCAGCAGACAUCGGAGAGUCCACACAGGAGAGCGACCGUACACAUGCGCCGAGUGUGAGAAAAGCUUCAAUCGGCGCGCACACCUUAUCACACAUCAGAGAAUCCACACAGGCGAGCGAUCCUUCACAUGCCCUGAGUGCGGGAGAAGCUUUAGACAGGACUCAGCUUUUAUGAGACAUAAGAGAACCCACACAGGCAAUGGGAAGGUGAGUGAAAACAAGAAGACCACCUCCUGCCAGGAAGAUGCUGAGCAAGUCGAACCACAUGGGACAUUAGCAGGAAGAUCCAAAGGGAAAAUUUCUUGGAGUUUUGCACAGGCUAAAGCCUGUGAGAGUCCGCAUAGGCCAGAGAAAACCUUCAGUGGUGGCUCAGACUUUAUUAGACAUGAUAGAAUCAACAUGGGAGAGAGACCGUACAUGUGCUCUGAGUGCGGGAAACACUUCACUCGGCGCUCAGACCUUAUCACACAUCAGAGAAUCCACACAGGAGAGCGACCUUACACGUGCUCUGAGUGUGGGAAAAGCUUCAAUCGAAGCUCAAACCUUAUCAUACAUGAGAGAAUCCACACCGGAGAGCGACCCUACAAGUGUUUUGAGUGCGGGAAGAGCUUCAGUGAGAGCUCACACCUUAUCAGACAUCAGAGAAUUCACACAGGCGAGCGCCCCUACAAGUGUUCUGAGUGCGGAAAAAGCUUCAGUGUGACUUCACACCUCAUCAGACAUCAGCAAAUCCACACAGGAGGGGGAUCCUUGACAUGCUCUGACUGUGGGAAAAGUUACAAAGACAGGUCAUACUUCAUCAGACACCGGAGAGUCCACACGGGAGAGACAUCCUACAAGUGCUCUGAGUGCGGGAAAAGCUUCAUCAAGCGCUCACACCUUAUCACACAUCAGAGAAUCCACACUGGAGCGGGAUCCUUCACAUGCCCUGAGUGCGGGAAAAGCUUCAAAGUCAGUGCAUACCUCAUCAGACAUCGGAGAAUCCAUACUGGAGAGAGACCCUACAGAUGCCUUGAGUGUGGGAAAAGCUUUAGUUGGAGCUCAAGUUUUAUCCGACAUAAGAGAAUCCACACAGGUGAUGGGAUGGUGAGUGAGAACAAGAAGAAGACUCCCAAGAAGGAAAAUACUGAGGAAGUAGCACCACAUGGGAUGUUAGCAGAAAGAUCCAAAGAGAAAGUUUCUUUGAGUCGUGCAGAGGCAAAAACCUGUGAGAGUCAGCGUAGGCCUGAUAAAAGCUUCAGCAGCUGCUCAGACCUUAUUAACCAUGAAAAAAUCAACACGGGAGAGAAAUCUUAUACGUGCGCUGAGUGCGGGAAAAGCUUCAAUCAGCGCUCAAGCCUUAUCACACAUCAGAGAAUCCAUACAGGAGAGCGACCCUACUCAUGCUCUGAGUGUGGGAAAAGCUUCAAUGUGAGCUCACACCUUAUCAGACAUCGGAGAGUCCACACUGGAGAGCGCCCCUACACAUGCUUUGAGUGUGGGAAAAGCUUUCGUUGGAGCUCAGCCUUUAUCGUACAUAAGAGAAUCCACACAGGAGAGCGACCCUACACAUGCUCUGACUGUGGGAAAAGCCUCAAUGGAAGAUUACAGCUCAUUACACACCAGAGAAUUCAUACAGGAGAGCGACCCUACACAUGUUCUGAGUGUGGGAAAAGCUUCAGUGUGAGCUCAACCCUCAUCACACAUCAGAGAGUCCAUACAGGAGAGAGAUCCUUCACAUGCCCUGAGUGCGGGAAAAGCUUCAAACACAGAUCAAAUCUGACAGCACAUCAGAGAGUCCACACUGGAGAGAGACCCUACACAUGCUUUGAGUGCCGUAAAAGUUUUAGCCAGAGUUCACACCUUAUAUCACAUCAGAGGAUCCACACAGGAGAACGACCCUACUCAUGCUCUGAAUGUGGGAAAAGAUUUAGUGAGAGGAAAACCCUCAUCACACAUCAGAGAAUCCACACAGUAAAGAGACCCUUCACAUGCCCCGAGUGCGGCAAAAGUUUUAGACAGAGGUCAGCUUUUAUCAGACAUAAGAGAAUCCACACAGGCCAGUAAUGCCAUAAACCUCUUGACUACAGCUGGCCAAAGAUUUUUUUGUAAAAUAAUUCCCAAGUAAUUUGCACCAUUUUCUUCACUGUGGUGUCUCAGCUCCAUGUGAGUUGCCUGCCUCUGUCUUUUGCCCCUUCUUCUUUGGGGUGAAUCCCAUCAUCCUUUAUCAACUCCUCUGUCUGCUAUCACCUGGGACUGUAUCACCCUCCUGCCAGAAAUAUUCAUCAGCACCAGGUGGGGGACAUGGGUUUGACCUUGACUAGCUACACUGCGGUAAAAACUACCUGUGCCUUGUCUCCACUGGGAUUGCACAUGGAUGUAGCUGCUCAGGUUAGUGAUCUUGUAACAACACAACUACAUUUGCAGUGCCGACAUAACCUCGGUACAGUGGCUGGGGUUGUCUUUAAAGGUAAUAAUUGGAGAUAUACCAAUCUCCUAGAACUGGAAGGGACCUUGAAAGGUCAUCUAGUCCAGCCCCCUGCCUUCACUAGCAGGACCAAUUUUUGCCCCA